UUCUGGUUGUGGGCGAUUCCCAUCUGAGAAGCCUUGUUGAUGGCUUCGUCCUCAUGCCAGAAGGGAGCCUUUCCUUUGGCUACAGUUGCACUCUAGGGGCAAGUGCUUCUGUCCUUCGACGUGAGGUUCAGGGUGAAAGUAUUCCUUACACCCCUGACCUUGUGUGCCUCUUGGCUCCUGGGAACAACAUCACCGAGAGUAACACCAUUGAGCAGUCUGGGCGGGACUUCACCAGCCUUAUCCAAUGUGCGUUGAGCCAGUGGACUAAGGUCAUAGUGAUAGACUUCCCCACUCGACUAACUGUGGAGCAUCACCUCCAGGACCUGCUGCGACAGGAAUACCAUCGUGCUGCAAGCAGACUGGGUGUGAGAUACAUGUCCAUCUCAGAGCAUUUUCCACAGUCGACUCUUGACCUGUGGUGCAGAGAUGGUGUGCACCUUAGUGACAACAGAGGAAUGCCGAUCCUGGCACAGCUCAUCUGGACUGCAGCCUAUCUUCACCUGUCAAUGCCACCGACACAUCAUUUCACCCCAGGGGUAAUGUCUGUAUGUUCAAGGGUUAGUCCUAAGGUGGUUGUGACAGGUGUGAUCAAGGCAAAGACACAAAGGAACGUGUACACCUGGUCCAACAUGGUGAAGGGUAUCCCGAAGGGUGCUGCAGCAGACCUAUUUAGGGAGCUUACCCUGGUAAGUGUCUACCUUUUUUACUAUUUAUGUGAUUUGUGCGUGCUUGGGUGCGUGCCUGCCUGCCUGCCUGUGUGUGUGUGUGUGUGUGUGUGUGUGUGUGCACGUGUGCACAAACAUAACAAGGGUGUUUACAAUAAAGCUAUAAUACUUCUAAAAUCUAUAUCUUUUGGAAAGUCUAUGUGGUUUUGAAACAUAAAAUCAUGGGUUAAAUA